GGUGGGUGCAGACACACUCUGUUUGUGACACCUUGUAUUGGAGAGUGAGGGGGUGGCAGAGUUGGAGAGAGAGAAAGAGAGAGGGAGGGGGGGGUACCACUGGAUGGGUAGAUAAAGAGAGUGAGAGAAAGAGAGAGAGAGAGAGAGAGGGGGAGAGAUCAAAGCAGAGGAAGAGACAGAGGAGGAGAACGGAGGAUGGGAGAUAGCAGCACUGCAGCGAGAGCCAGCUCUCUGCCUUUGCAGCGUGUGUUUACUCCACUUUCCCUGAGAGCCGGUUAUCUUCCCUCUGCGUGAGUCAUGGAAGUGAUUUGCUGUAGGUGAGUGGAGCGGCAGCAGGAAGACGCUCUUCUGCCGGUGUGCGUCUCCACCGUGGGCAGGCUGCGCGUUUGUGUUUAUUUAUUUAUUUAUUUAUUUGUGGGAUCGAGGAUCCAUGCCAGCCCAGACAACAAGCAGAGGAAGCCUUCCCACAAACAACGCGCCGUGCAGCACGACCACACCAGCACGCAGUGAGAGACGUGAUCAUGAGGCUAAUGUGGAAGUCUGUGGACAAGAUGCGGUGCUUCAGGAAACGAUCCAUGCUCCCAUUCCUCGGCUUCCUCCUAACCUUUCUGCUCGUUUUCAACCUUUACUUGGAUGAUGGUUACGUGCUGGAGGCUGACAAAAGGCAGUUGGGUGAAGCGCUCAUACAUCCACCAAACUCCGAAAGAUACGUCCACACGUUUAGAGACUUGUUUAAUUUUUCUGGGACCAUUAAUGUGACGUAUCGCUACCUUGCAGGAUUUCCUUUACCACGCAAAAAGUACCUCACUAUUGGACUGUCAUCUGUCAAGAGGAAAAAGGGAAACUACCUUCUGGAGACGAUCAAAUCCAUCUUUGAUCAGUCCAGCUAUGAAGAACUGAAAGAGAUAGUGGUUGUGGUCCACUUGGCAGACUUUGACCUGGUCUGGUGUGAGAACUUGGUUCAGGAAAUCACCAGGAAGUUUGCUCAUCACAUCAUAGCGGGCCGCCUCCUGGUCAUCCAGGCCCCAGAGGAGUACUACCCAUCUCUGGACGGGUUGAAAAGGAACUACAACGACCCAGAGGACCGGGUCCGUUUCCGCUCUAAGCAGAACGUAGACUAUGCUUUCCUCCUCAACUUCUGCACGAACCUCUCUCACUUCUACAUGAUGUUAGAAGACGACGUGCGCUGCUCCAGGAACUUCCUGACGGCGCUGAAGAAGGUGAUCACCUCCAGAGAAGGCUCCUACUGGGUGAUGCUGGAGUUCUCCAAGCUGGGCUACAUCGGGAAGCUGUACCACUCCCGAGACCUGCCACGUCUGGCCCAUUUCCUGCUUAUGUUCUACCAGGAAAUGCCCUGCGACUGGCUCCUCAUCCACUUCAGGGGUCUGCUGGCCCAGAAGGACGUGAUCCGCUUCAAGCCCUCGCUGUUCCAGCACAUGGGCUACUACUCCUCUUAUAAAGGAGCAGAGAACAAGCUGAAGGACGACGACUUUGAGGAAGACUCCAUAGACAUUCCUGACAACCCCCCGGCCAGCCUUUACACAAACAUCAACGUCUUUGAAAACUACGACGCCACCAAGGCUUACAGUAGCAUUGCUGAUGAGUAUUUCUGGGGGAAACCUCCAUGCACUGGCGACUUCUUUAUCAUAAUCUUUAACAAGUCAACAAAAAUCAGCAGAAUUAAAAUUGUGACAGGCACAGAGGACCGACAAAAUGACAUUCUUCACCACGGAGCUCUGGAAGUAGGCCAGAAAUCUGUAGAAACUAAACAGGGGAGACAGUGCACGUCCUACAUCACAUUAGGGGAGUUUAAAGUGGGAAGCAUUGAGGUUUACAACGUGGACCAUAAGAUUGGCUUUGACAUUGAGUGUGUACGAAUAGUCAUCACUGCCAGUCAGAAAGAGUGGCUCAUCAUAAGAACUAUCAGUUUAUGGACCACACAACCUGUUAGUCAGUUGAAAAAAUAAAAAGGGUUUUAAAUGAUUAUGUGUUGAUAUGAAUACCGAUGUUAUGGGUUCAUUUUGGACAUGUGCCGUUUGGUGAAUUCAAAUCAAUCCAUAUUUUCUUGGGUUGUUUAGAGAUCUGCUGUAACUUUUCAUUAUGAUGUAUUAAAUGACGAAUGUGUACAGUAUGGACUGUUUCUACCUAUGUUCAUUUGCAGAAAACCUGUAUAUAAAGAUGUUGAUACUUG